GUAAACAGCAAGAUCGCGAAAAGGGAAAUAGCAUUUCGCAUCGCAAAAUCGUGAUGAAUAAAUCUUUCGAGCCAGAUAUGUUGAAUUCGAGCGCGUAUCAGCGGUUGCGAGCGGAGAGUCCCAAUGAGUUCGAGCCGAAGACGGUCUUCUUCUACAGAGAAGGACAAGACAUAGCCAUCGACUGGCAGAACAGCUUCUGUCUGAAGGCUGCCGUCGUGUACCACGCCAUUACGCGGAUUCAUGUUAAUCCUCAAGCUACGCCGAAGGCUUCGUGGCUGCUCCUACAGAUAGCUAAAAAUUGCCGCGAUCUAGCAGCUGCAGCUGCAUCUACGGCUCCGGCUGCAACAGCAUCUGCAUCUACAUCUACAUCUCCAGCAAAACCCGACGAAAUAAACGAAGAAUUCAUCAGGAACCUGCCCGCCGAGGAGAAGGAGUUCGUCGACGGGGUGUACCUCGUCGUCGGAUUCCUUCCGACCCUAAAAUCCGCCGUUGGAGGAAAGUGGGACCGCGAGAAGACCAGCGAAUUCUACCUGUCGAUGCGGAACCACGAAAUAGUCACUGACAUUAUCAAGAUCGGAAACCAGAUACCUCUCAACUGCAUCGUUUCUGUCGGCAAGCACGUCGAGGAGGCGAUCAAGAAGGCGAAGGACGCGUUCCAGAAGCUUCCCAAUGCCGACAAACAGAAGCUUUCCGACACCGACAAACAGAACGACAAACAGAAGCUUCUCAGCGCCAUCGACGAGUACAAGUUGAGUUUCCCGAAAGAUAAGUUUCAUGAAGUGCUCUAUCUCUUCUGCUGGUACUACUCCCCUUUCUACUACAAGGCGGCCCCAGAUGCGCAAGAAAACGUGGAUCUUCUGAGCAAGGUGGCGGCCGAAAAGAGCAACUUGUUAGAGUGCGUGCACGAAUACGUAAUGCAUGCAUGGGGCAAACAGAUCAGUGGUGACGCCGAGGGGAGCGGGUACGUGUACAGCACGCCGACCGCAAAGAGGCUGCGGAGGGCCGGGGUCCGGUUCACCGCUGUGGACGCGGAGCGGUCGGCCGCAUUCCAGUUCACCGAACCGGCCCUCAAACUGCCCACUUUGAUGUUCGAUUUCAGGGCCGAGACUGUGGUCAAGAAUCUUCUGGCGCUGGAGUUAUUGAGAGGUGAUUACCACAAGCCCUUAACAAGGUAUUUUCAAUUCAUGAACGAGUUGGUCGAAGACAUAGGGGACAUAAAGGUGUUGAGGAGGGCAGGCGUGAUCCGCGGGGGGUCGAAAGCCGGCCUGGAGGUGCUGGAGAUGGUGAAGAAGAUCGACAGGUUCGCGACGUACCCCUCGACCUUCGCGGCCAUCGACAACGAGAUCGAUAAGGCGCGCCAGUUUCACAAGAAGCAGAUGGAGAGGUUCGUCGUCCGGCACCAGCCGGCGGUGCUGUGGGUGUCGUCGGUGGCUGCCGCCUCGGUUAUCGCGACCGCGGUUUUCGCUUCUAGAAGGAGGGCAAGAGCCUGAGUGGGAGGGAUCAAAAAGUGUGGCACAAAGAAGCACUUCAUGCAUCCUUAACUAGCUUCACCACUUAAUACAGUCACUUGUAUUAAUUUGUAUUUUAUGAUCGUUUAGUAAGCAAAUUAACAAAGCCUAAUAAUAAGGAAUAAAUGCUGGAUGUUGAAACAAAAUUGUAAUCAACUUCAUAAAUUAAUAAACAGUUACAUUUUUAAAUGCAAA